AUGAACUUAAUUGUUAAUGCGUCCAGUAUGAAAGAUAUUGAAAAUAUUUUAAACAGAGAUUAUGAGCAUUUUGAGAAGAAUUUAAAUAAUGUACAAAUUUUCAUUUCAAAAGAUAUUUCAGAUCAUGUAAAAUUGUUCGGUCUAAUCAUAUGGUUAAAAUAUUAUACUCAUACAUAUGCUUAUGCUCUUAUUAAUGAUUCAAAACAAAAAAUUAUGAUUAAUAUUGACAAAUUAUUAUCCAAUAAUGAUGUAUCAUUUUGUUCAUCAAUUAAACUUUUUAUAAUUAAACAGAUGAUGUAUUUCAAUAAGAAAACAUUUAACGAAUUGAUGUUUGUAUUUGAAGAUCGAAAUGUUACUUGGAUUAAACAAUUUCAACAUCUAAUUAUAUCUGAUCAACGAGAACGUCAAACAAAAAAUUUCUUUUUACCAUUACCAUUAUUUCAAUAUAAAAAACAAUUUUUUCACAUUGACAAAACAUUAACAUCUUUGCGAGUUAUUAAUGAUUUUCGAUAUUUAAUUACACAAUGUGGAAACGAUAGUCGUUUAACAUUUAGUCUUUAUUCCUGGUUCAUACAAUAUUAUUCAAAUAUUUAUACAAUGAAUGAUAAUGUAAACGUUAAUGUAAAUAUUUAUGUGAAAAUGAUAGAAGAUCAACUCAAAGACGAAUUUAUUCUAAAUUUUGAACCAAUUGGCAUGGAAUUUAUUACUAGUUUAUGUAAAAAUUUUAAAACAAAUAAUUCAACCUACUUUCAGUUAUCAUCAAAUAUGUCAAAUAAUGAUGUUUAUCUACGUGUAACAGUACUAAGAAUAUUUGCUUUAUUUCUAUCAUCAAAAUGUACAAAAAAUGUUACAUAUUUAAAUUGUUUAUUAUUUGAUGUUAAAACAAAAAAAAUGUCUAAAAAAUAUUUGCAACAUUUACAAUCAAUAUGUUUAUUUGGAUUAUGUAGAAUGGAUCCUGUUGUUAAACAAAUGGAACAUGUUAAAAAGAGUGUUCAAGAACGAUUAAACGAAAAGAAAAUAAGUAAACAAGGUAAAUUUAUUUAUCAAUGUUCAAAAAAUUGUUAUUAUAUGUACUAUUUUGAAAAUUGUGGAAUGGCUAAUGAUCGAUCAAAAUGUCAACUAUGUGGUCUAGACAUUGGUGCAACAGCAUUAAAUCAAUUAAUUGAACGUGAUCCACCCCAAAUUCAAUUAUCUAUCAAUAAUGCUUUUAAACAAAUUGAUCAAUAUCUUAUAGAAUAUGAAAAAAAAACUGAAUUUGGUUACUAUAAUAAAACUCAAGCAGAAUAUUCACCAAUUGAUGAAACACCAAAUCAUUUGAAACCAAUAACAUACCGUUUAUUAAAUAUGUUUAUACAAUCCAUAAUUUAUUUGUUAUACAAUUUAAAAUAUCUUUCUGAAAAUGAUAUGAAUGAACUAGUAACAUUGAAUGAUAGUGGUAAUUUUAUAAAGGCACAUUUUGAAAAUGAUUAUAAACUACUAGGAACUAUUCUUUCGAAUCAUGACGAUUUUCACAUAUGGAUAGCCAAAAUUCUUGAACAUUUAAUUACGAUACAAGAAGAAAAUAAAAUUAAUGGCAUGUUAACAACAAAUGAAAAUCUUCAUCAUUUUGAAACAUAUUUUGAACAAAAUAUUAUAUUUCCUAAUUUAAAAUCAUUGUCAAAUGAUAUAAAUCAAUAUAAAAUUAUGUACAAUGAUUUUAUACGUGAAAAAAAUUCGAAACCAACUAUAAAUGAUUUUAUUAAUGAAUUGGUAGAAAAUGAUGUCAUAUAUCCAUUCUUAAAAUUUUUCAAUGUUACAAAGGGCGGUAAUAUCGUCGAUGUGGAAGAAUUUCGAACAAUUUUUCACUUAACACCACACAAUGAUAUCAUUUAUCCUGUUACAAAUUUUAUACGUAAUCGUCUAGAAGAAAUUGAAAAUUUAAAUUAUUUAUAUCCACUUAUGAAACGCUCAUCUAUUAUGUAA